AUGACUAUUACUGACGUUAGGGAAGGUGAGGAAUCGGAGAUCGAAGCUCCUCUUCUCGACCCCGAGUCCUACUCCAAGCCUAGGAGAAUUGCUCUCUUCGUUGAGCCUUCUCCCUUUGCCUCGCCAAGCUCCUUCUCUAGUCAGGGUUUGAAGGAUGUUGUUGAGCUUCUUCUUGAUAAGGAAGCUGAAGUUGAUCCUAAAGAUCCUUGGGGAAGCACUAUGAAAAAGCUUGAUGAUAAAGUUUUAAGCGAUGAUGAUAAAGUUUUAAGCGAUGAUGAUCAAGUGAGGAAGUUCCAUGACGAGCUUGCUUUGCUCCAAAGGCUUAGGCAUCCAAACAUUGUUCAGUUUCUUGGUGCUGUAACUCAAAGCAAUCCAAUGAUGAUUGUUACUGAAUACUUGCCUAGGGGGGAUUUGCGUGAAUUGCUUAAAAGGAAAGGACAACUAAAACCAGCUACCGCUGUUAGAUACGCCCUUGACAUCGCAAGUAUAAUGAAGUUCUUGGUAAAGGAGCUUCAAAGACUGUUUACAGAGCAUUUGAUGAAUAUGAAGGCAUCGAAGUAG